AGACUUGAAACAAAUUCUGCCUAUGUGUGUGCAAAGAGCAAUGUCAAUGGUGCAAGACACCGGUGAAGGUGGUAUUGGAAUUACAAACAGGAUAUCUCUAAUUUUGAGUUGUCUUCAGCAAACAGAUGACUUUGCGAUUGGAAUUGGACGAUUGCUAGGCUUGCUAUUGUUAGAGAAAGAGAAUUCAUCUUUUCCAAUAAAAGUACAGAAUUGGCUUCCACUUAAAGCUGCUGCAAUCAACAUGAUUCAGAAGACAGGAACAUUAAGACGAGCUUGUCUGCAGAUAUUUGAAAACGAACUUUCACCAAUAUUGGCGGGACUUAUUGCUGUGCUGGAUACAAAUAAGAACAUAAACAUACUUGGGGAAAGAGACACUUGGCAAUUUAAUCUUUGGAUAAGAAUGCUAAACAGACAUGAAAUAUUUGAUUUAACGUACCAGGAUGUUGUUAGAGAAAGCAAAGACACUGAACAGGCAGAUUUUAUUGUCUAUGGUACCGGAUUUGAGGGAUAUAUCUUUCAAAGUAAGAUGCCGUUUUCAUGGUUGAUAUACAGGAAAAUAUCUGAAAUACUGAAAUGUGAUUCAACGUUCCUAGGUCAAAUUGAUGGUACUGCAAGCAGGGCAGUUUUCGGGGACUCGCCGAUCAUGGAAGAGCUAUCGACCGUCCCAUCGGAGAAUCAUGAACAAGCUAUUGAUUGUUACAUUGUUGACUUUGUUAACAUGAUUUAUUCAUCGAGAGAAGAUGAAGAAAUGACUGUACGUAUACAAAUGGAUUGA